CUGGUCGGACGCACGCGGCUCGCAGCACGGGCCUGUUGCGGGAGGUGGCCACGUGUGCGAGCAGAUCUGGCCGCCGGGUACUCGCGUCCGACCGCGAGUACCUCAGGCACCAAAAGUUUCACCUUGCCAUUCGGGGAGUCCAGGGAGGCAGCCAGACGGCUAGCCACCUGAAACCCCGAGCGGAGCACCUGCAGCCCGCGAGUGAAAAGGGCAGGCUAGUGGGGAUGAGAUAG